AUGCCUCGCUUCGACAAGCUCGCCGCGGAUAGCGCGUUCCUCGAUUCAAUCUCAGCGAGCUUCAACAAGCCAUCGGCAUUCCCCGACAUCACCAUCACCUGCGGCGCGCAGAAGUUCCUCUGUCACAAGCUCAUCUUAACUCAUCGGUCAAAGUGGUUCCAGAAGGCGCUCAAUGGAGGCUUUGAGGAGUCCAAGGCAGAUACCAUCGAGCUGCAUGACGAAGAUGAAGACGUGAUCCAUGCCAUGCUCGACUUCUGCUAUCGCACGGCCUACUGGUAUCCCAAAGUCGCCGUCGGUGACUUCACCGUACCGAAUGCGAAUUUCCACGCUCUGGUGUUUGCUGCUGGGGAGAAGUACUUCGUGAAGGGUCUCGCCGACCUCGCAGCUGAUAAGUUCGAAGCAGCGGCGAAGGGCGCCACCGAAGAUCAGCUCGCCACAGCCAUCACCACUGUCUACACCGCGGUUCCCGACCCUGACAAGAAUCUCCGCAAAGCCGUCGUCGAUAUCGUACUCGAGAGGUCCUCGACACCCCUCAGCGGUGAGAACCUCGCCUUCGACAAGCUCUUCGAGACCCUGCCAUCCUUUGGCGGUGACAUCGCACGCGGACUCGCGAAGAAGAGCCUGCCAGCCACGCCAGCCUCGAAGCCAAGAAACCGCUACAAGUGUCCCGCGAACAACUGCAACAAGCAUUUCACGGCAGACAUCCCCGAGGGCACCAUCUAUACCUACAGCUGUCCCUCCACUCAUCGCACGCUGUUCGGGAAUGUCGUCCGGCCAACGUUUACGCACAGUCAUGCAGAGUGGCGACCGUUCAAGCUCUCCGAUUAG